AUGAGGGAAUUAGUUCAGAUCUAUAAACCACAAUUGGUUGUCCUUAUGGAAACUAAAGUUGAUUUCAAGACUAUGGGAUUUUUCUUCAAUGGUAUGGGCUUUACAGCAUCAGCCCAUGUAGAUCCAAUAGGUCGAAGUGGGGGUAUUUGGAUGCUUUGGAACCCAGACAUAGUUAAUGUUAGAGUGGUGGAAGCCAGCCUCCAGCAAAUCACUGCAAUAAUCUCUAGGCAGGACUACCCAAACUGGCUACUCUCAACUGUGUAUGUAAGUCUAAACAACAAUCUGAGAGACAAUUUAUGGGAUCAAUUGGAGGAAGUUGCUCAAAAUAUGACUGAACCUUGGUUAGUUGACGGUGACUUUAAUGACUUCACCACACGUAAUGAAAAACAAAGCCUACAAGGAAACCAGAACCAGAAACUAAGUCAAGACCAGAGGAGGGGUAGAAAAUUCAAUGAAAGGGUUGAUAAUUGCAAACUUAUGGAUUUGGGGUGUACGGGUCCAAGACUGACUUGGUUUAACAAUAAAAAAGGUUGGGCAAAUACUAUGGCAAGGAAGGGGUGUCAAGGUUAUCUAUGUAGUAUCUUAAUUGAACAAUCUGUGAAUGUUGAAAUGGGUAAUAUUUCUGUUGUUAGAGAAUUUUCGGAUGUAUUUCCUAAUGAACUACCAGAGAGAUUGGUUGACAAAGAAAUAGAGUUUACCAUUGAUGUUGUCCCAGGCACCUAA